AUGGUCAAGACGGAAAACAUUGGUCAGAUCUAUGAUACUGACGGCACAACACCUCUUAACUAUAUUGUGGUGAUUGACGCCGGUUCGAGCGGCUCGCGUGCUCACAUCUUUUCUUAUCCAGACUCAAAAAGCGUGUCCUUUUCACAAGGUGUCACCAAGAGAAGUCCCGAUGAUGAUGAUGAUGACGAUGGCGGCAGCAAAGCCAAUGAUACUAAGAGUGAUAACUCUAAGGAACCUGAAAAUAAUUCAACUGACCAAGAUUCAGAAAAAGAACUUUUGGACAAUCCAUCUUCAUCCCAAGACACCAAGGACCAAAACACACCCGUUGUUCCCUUAAAAAACAUUCUUCCUAACCUUUCCAAACAAGGCCACAAAUGGGUCAAGAAAACAAAACCUGGGCUCAGCUCCUUCUCUGGUAAACCCCAGGCAGUGGGCAAAAAACACCUCAAGUCCCUACUCAAAUAUGCAAUGGGUGUGGUUCCUGAAUCACAACACUACCGUACCCCUAUCUUCCUGCACGCGACGGCCGGACUACGAGUGCUCAAGCCUAACGAUUCAAACAGUCUGUUGGAUGCCGCAUGUACAUACAUUAAGUCUCAUACGGAUUUUCUGCUGCCGGACUGCCGCACGGCCGUUUCGAUGAUUGACGGCGAGAUUGAGGGUAUUUUCGGCUGGAUCUCUUCCAACUACCUGCUUGGCGGGCUUCAGGAUCCAGAUACAUUUUUGCAUGGCAAAAACAAGGACCAUUUUACAUUUGGUUUACUGGAAAUGGGUGGUGCCAGUACUCAGGUUACAUUUGUUCCAAACGUGACAGAAAGCUCAGCGCAUAAGCAAAACAUGUACACCCUCAAUCUUCCUUCGUUAGACGGUACCAAGGAUUUGUCUUUCCAGAUUUCCUCAACAACGUUCCUGCGGUUUGGUGUUAAUGAAAUUCAUAGCCAAGUGCUUGAUUCUAUCAAAAACAAAGAGGACCCAUGCACUCCCAAGGGGCUUGUAACUGUUUAUGACAAGAAGACACAGAAGGUUGUUUCCAUAAAAAGUGCCAAGAAGAAAAUCAAGGGAAAAGAUGAGAAAGAUGAUGAUGAAACUGAUACAGAACCAGAAGAUGAGAGUGAUGAUGAUGAUGAUGAGGAUGACAAGACCCGUUUGCGGAAACGUGGGAACAAGGUGGAAAUCAAAGGCUCGGGAGAUUACGACAAGUGCCAGGAGAUUAUGACACCAUUGGCCGUUGCGAUGCGUUCAUCGGUGACCAAACCAGAGUUUGAUUUCGACACAAACCAUUUUAUUGGCGUAUCUGAAUACUGGGACACAGCACACUACGGAUUUGAUUUAGGCGGCCGGUUUGACCACCAGAAACUUCAGGAGCGCGUACGAGCAUACUGCAACUCAGACUGGGACUCAAUUGCCGCUGUUAAAAAAGAAAAAGAUGGUCCAUACAGUGAUUUAGACACAAGUGAUCUCCAUGACCUGUGCUUACGUGCUUCGUGGGUUCUUGCAGUGGUCGAGCAUGGACUAGGUAUUCCUAUAGGAGAUUUGGAUGCCGCUAGUGCAAAUUCUACCACAAUAAAUGACUCAGACAAUAGUGCGAUUCAUAAUGAGGAACUCGAGAAUGGGUUUGAAUCACCACUGCAAAGCGCCAAUGAGAUUCGUGGCACCAAGUACUCAUGGACGUUGGGUCGUGCCCUAUUGUAUGCAUCUGCGGAACAGAGUGUUUCAGAAAAAUCUCAAUCUGCAGGAAUUUUAUCCAACUUGAACUUGGACUCAGGGCAUUUCCUUUACGGCAUGCCUGCAUACCCUCGUCCAAAGUUUGAUGCAAAGCGGGUAAGUGACUUUAAGGCUAGCGACCAUGAUGAUGAUGAUGACGAUGACGACGAUAAUGACUGGGAAGACUAUUUGGAGAAACAUAGCCAUCGUCUUUGGGGGACCCUUAUAUUUCUUCUUAUUCUUAUUGUCAUUGUGUACCUUUUACUGGGUAAGUUGCGUCGCCGCCAAAUGUGGCAAUCGUUUAUUUCAAAAUUCCCAGGCCACCGGUACUCAUCGAAUUUCUCUCAGCAGCAAAGCACCCAACCUUCCACCUUUUUGGGCCGACUUGUUUCCGGAAUCAGUGCGGCUGGUGCCGUUGCUGCUGGACUUUUCACAGGCCGCGGCAGUGGCAACACUAUUAGCAAUCGGUAUCGUCGGAUGGCUCCUGACUCUGAGCCUGUGGAAGAUUUGGAGUUGGGCGCAAUUGAUGACCCGGAUACUAUUGGUCUGGAGAUCUCAUCGUCGUCAUCGUCAUUGUCUUCUUCUUCUGGUGCAGUGAAUACUACCACAAAUGGAGGUGGUAGUGGUGAUCAGGCCCAAAGUGAUAACUUUAGCAUUUCAAGUGAUGAAGAAAGCACAAGAGAACUUGUGAAAUGA